UUGCUCUUCUAUACUAUCGUGUUCUGACACUCCUCCGGUGUCGUGUGCCUGAAGAUUAGAGAACCAGAAGCUCGAAUCCACGGAAAUACUGAGGGAGGAUUGGGGAAAUGGAGAGCAGUGAAGAAGACGACGAUUUCCCAUCCAUUGAGGGCAUUACUCCGCAGUCUAAGAUCGAUUCUGUCCAUCAAUCAAACACUGAAAAGGGUAUUAGAAAACUUUGUUGUGAGCUCCUGGAUUUGAAAGAUGCAGUGGAAAACUUAUGUGGCGAUACGCAAGCAAAAUAUUUGGCUUUCUUGAGAAUAUCUGAAGAAGUUAUUGAAAUGGAACAUGAGCUGGUUGAGCUGCAAAAGCAUAUCUCUUCUCAACGGAUUCUUGUGCAGGACUUAAUGACUGGUGUGUGCUGUGAAUUAGAAGAGUGGAAUCGAGCUAAUGCUGACAGUGGGGAAUCUCAACUGGACCCUGAAAUCAGUGAAGUUGAAGACUCCUUACCAAAUGAAAUAGAAGAUCCAAAGACAUUAUUUUUGGAAAAAAUUGAUGUUCUGUUGGGUGAACAUAAAGUUGAGGAAGCAUCUGAGGCUUUAGAUGCUGAAGAAAGAAACUCCAUUGAGCUAAAAGGUUCUGGAGAUACUUCAAGUGAAGCAUCUGCGUAUAAGUCUGCUUUUCUAGAAAGAAAGGUAAUGCUUGAGGAUCAGCUGGUUGAGAUAUGUGAACGGCCUUUGGUUGGUACUGCUGAACUGAAGAAGGCAUUGUCUGCUUUGAUUAAACUUGGUAAGGGCCCUUCAGCACAUCAGUUAUUUCUAAAGUGUUAUGGUUCCCGCCUCCAGAAGAAGAUUGAGGUUCUUCUUCCUUCAUAUUCUGUUUGUCCCAGGACAUUUCCUGCCACACUAUCUAGACUUGUUUUUUCUAUGAUCUCAUUGACAACAAAAGAAUCUGGCUCGAUAUUUGGUGAUAAUCCUAUCUAUACCAACAGAGUUGUUCAAUGGGCAGAAUGGGAAAUCGAAUGUUUUGUACGUUUGGUGAAGCAGAAUGCACCAUCUUCAGAAACAGUUUCCGCUUUAUGUGCGGCUAGCAUUUGUGUGCAGGAUAGUCUCAAAUAUUGCUCAAUGUUGGAAUCACAAGAUCUGAAAUUAUCAAAGUUGCUUCUGGUUCUCCUGCAACCUUAUAUUGAGGAAGUAUUGGAGUUGAAUUUUAGAAGAGCUAGGAAGACAGUUUUUGAUUUCACAGGAGUUGAUGAGAGCUUCCCACUGUCUCCUCACAUUAUGUCUCAUUUGUCUGUUUUCCCAACUUCUUCAGAUAAUAUUCUGAUUCGCAGCAGAAGAUUUAUGUAUAUCAUUGAAGAGAUAUUGGUACAGCUCCCCCCACUGGCUGUUUUGCAUUUUGGAGGAAAUGUGCUUACUAGAAUUUCACAGCUGUUUGAUAAAUAUAUUGAUGCUCUACUUAGAUCUUUUCCAGGCCCCUCUGAUGAUGAAAGUCUAAGUGAGCUGAAAGAGAUCAUAACCUUUAGAGCUGAAACAGAUUCAGAGCAACUUGCUCUUCUUGGUAUAGCCUUCACAAUAUUGGAUGAACUUUUACCUAGUGUAGUAAUGAAAGUUUGGAGUUCGAAGAGUGAAAACCAGGAAGAUGGAAAUGAGAACAUUGUUCCUAAUGCAAGCACAACAGAAUUUCUGCCGCCUCUCCUAAAGGACUGGAGGCGCCAUCUCCUGCAUUCUUUUGACAAGCUCAGAGAUCAUUUCUGCCGCCAAUACGUUUUGAAUUUCAUCUAUUCAAGUGAAGGGAAAACACGAUUGAGUGCACAAAUUUAUUUAAGUGGGAAUGGUCAAGGUUUAUAUCAGGACUCUGAUUCUCUACCUUCUCUGCCUUCUCUGCCUUUUCAGGCAUUAUUUGCGAAUCUGCAGCAGUUAGCAACUGUGGCUGGUGAUGUGCUACUUGGAAAAGAGAAACUGCAGAAAAUUUUGCUUUCUAGACUAACAGAGACAGUUGUAAUGUGGUUGUCUGAUGAACAGGAAUUCUGGGGUGUGUUUGAGGAUGAAUCAAUCCCACUUAAGCCAAUGGGACUGCAGCAGUUAUAUCUUGAUAUGUACUUUACUGUUGAAAUUACACAAUUUGCGGGCUUUCCAUCUCGGCAUGUUAACCAGAUUACAUCAGCCAUAACUGCUCGAGCAAUUAGUGCAUUCUCUAGCAGAGGCAAUGACCCACAGAGUGCACUCCCGCCAGAUGAAUGGUUUGUUCAAACUGCAAAAACAGCCAUAAGCAAGCUCCUAAUGGGAACAUCAGGCUCAGACACAUCUGAAAUCGAGGAUGAAAAUCAUCUUGACCUACAUGAUGAGAUCAUUUCAGACUCUGACGACAAUGCUUCUUCCCUAACAACAGUAGAAUCUUAUGAGUCUUUCGCUUCUGCGAGUAUGGGAGAACUGGAGAGCCCCAAUUUUACGGAUCCUGAAGCAUAAGACUUGGUUCAGCUGGUCAGUGAGGAUCUUCUCUAACCAAAAUUUUGAUCUGGCUGAUGCUGAUGCUGAUGCUUUAAGCAGACGGUAUCUUAGGAUUAUUCAGAAUGCUGAUGUUACUGAUUAUAAUUCCUUGUAUCUAUGUAUUAAUUGUUGGAGUAUAAAGUGAUGUGCAUGCAUAAGAUCUCACAUGGGAGGGAAAUAAAGUGUUCGAUUGCAAUAUAUAUGUAGAGGCCUUGGAACUUUAUAAGCAUGUCUUUUGGAUUUAAUAUGGCUUCUCAUAUGUUUUCGUGUGUUCCGGAGGCAGCCUGAGAAGUAGGAGCCAUGAAUAUACAUUCAUAAUAUAGGAUCAUGCUUGUAACAUCAUUGACCAUGAUGAAUAAUUCUUCCUGAAUUUUUUAACAUUAGUUUUUUCUUGGCGUAUUUUGGUUCUUCUAUUAUACCUUUCUUUUUUCAUUUUUUGCGGUAAUUUUUUAUUAAUAAUAUCAUGUUAUGUUG